UAAUUUUAUUAAAUUUGUAAAAACCUGGGUAGGAGUUUUGUUGCCAAAUGAGCCAAACCAUCCCUAGAAAUUAGUCCUUAGAGUCUCAUGGGCAAUUGUAACGUUACACAUUUUUGAAAUUAAAUCAAGGAAACAACGUUCAGGAGAAAAUGUCAGUGUGUUUAUAACAACUUUAGAAUCACAAUUUCAUAGGUUAACUCGUAAAGUAUCGGAGAGGGAAAUGGUUGAUAUAAUAAGAGCAAAUUUACAGUCAGAAUUUGUUGGAGCGUUGGUGUUGAGGGAUAUAGAUACGUUGUCAGAUUUGAAUUCGUUGUGUAAAAGAGUAGAGAAUGUAUUAGAUUUGAAUCGAAGAAAACCUUAUUCAGUAGCGCAAUUUGAAUCAAUAACUUGUUGGAAUUGUAGAAAAUUAGGACAUAAAUAUACCUUUUGUAAGAAACCUAGAAGUACCUUUUGCUUCGGUUGCGGAACGGCUGGUGUAAUUAAAUCAAAAUGUUUCAAAUGUUCAAAAAACGCCAAACCUGGUCAUGUUCUGGCAGAAAACAUGAAUCAGCCAAGUCCUUCAAUAGCUGCCAAGGGCAAUAUGAACCAAAGAAAGUAAAUGUUCUUGUAGAUGGUUCGCAAUCUCCAAAGCCACCAAAGAAACCACCUGAGCCUCCUGUCACAACCAUUCCAUCAAUUCCUUCAAUUCCUCAAGUUUGCCCAUUAUUGGAAAUACUUAAUGACGAUGACAGAUCGUACCUUAGAAUUAGAGUCUUCAAUGAAAGUAUUUUAGCCCUUCUGGAUAGCGGCAGUAAUGUCUCAAUUCUCGGUUCUCCAUCAUUGUUUCUUUUAAAAAGAUUGAAUUUACCUAUAAAUUAUGACGUUUCCUUCCAUCUCACUACUGCUGAUGGUACAUUACAAAGCACUUUAGGUUAUGUUGAUCUGCCGAUAGGGUUGGAUAAUUUGUCUAAGAACUUUAGGGUAUUGGUAGUUCCUUCGAUUUCACAACCAAUGAUUUUGGGAAUGGAUGUUAUACAAGCAUUCAAUAUUAAGCUUGAUUUUACGAAUUUUUCUUUUAAUACCUCCACUUUGUCGACAGCUGCAGUACAUGCGAUAAAACCAGCUGAAGACUUGACUCCCUUGCAUCAAGAUGGAUUGAAUGAGGUGGUGAAAUUAUUCCGAUCAAUAGGACCUGAGAAUGAAAUUGGCAGGACACACUUACUAACGCAUACUAUUAAAACUGAAGGUUCGCCCAUACGCCAAAGACAAUACCCUCUCUCACCUGCUAUGCAAUCAGUUCUCAAUAAGGAGAUUGAUGAGAUGUUAAAACUUGAUAUAAUCAAGCCAGUAACAACCACUUCACCCUGGUUGUCUCCCCUUUGAUUGGUCGGUAAGAAAGAUGGUUCAUUUAGAGUAUGUUUCGAUGGAAGAAAGCUAAAUUCAGUUACCAUACCUGAUUCAUAUCCUAUGCCUUUAAUAGAUUCAAUAAUUAGUAAAGUUCGUAAUGCCUCAUUUGUUUCUUCCAUUGAUUUAAAGUCAGCAUUUUUCCAAAUUCCUCUUGACGAUGAUUCUAAGUUGAAAACUACAUUUGCAGUUCAAGGUCGCGGUUUGUUUUGCUUUAAUGUACUUCCUUUUGGCUUGAACAAUGCUGCUCAGGCUAUGUGUCGGUUGAUGGAUAUGGUGAUAGGUCCAUCAUUGGAGCCAUACGUUUUUUACUAUCUCGACGAUAUAAUUGUCGUAACUCCCGAUUUUGAAUCCCAUCUCAGGGUAUUAACUCAACUUCUCAAACGGCUUCAAGAAGCCAAUUUAACGGUUAAUUUCGGAAAAUGUCAGUUUUGUCGUUCCUCUCUUAAAUUUUUGGGUUUUUUAGUUGACGAGCAAGGCCUUAGGACGGGUCCCGACAAAAUCAAAUCAAUCUCAGAGUAUCCAGUGCCUACGAAUACGACACAAAUUAGGAGAUUGAUUGGUCUUGUGGGAUAUUAUAGGAGAUUUUUGAAGGAUUUUUCAACAGUUUGCUCCCCAAUUUCAGAUUUGCUUAAAGGUCGCAAGAAAGGACAACCAAUUGUAUGGACUGAGGAAGCUGAUGCAGCAUUCCAAAGAGUAAAGCAGGUUUUAACUUCAACUCCUGUUUUGUCUAGCCCUGAUUUUUCGAAGCGGUUUUUUCUGGCUUGUGAUGCCUCUGAUGUCGGAGUAGGUAGUGUUCUCUUUCAGGAAAGUGACGGUGUUGAACAUCCCAUAGCCUAUUUUAGCAAAUCCUUGAACAAAAGUCAACGGAAUUAUACCACGACGGAGAAGGAACUUCUCUCCAUUGUUCUAUCCAUUGAGAGAUUUCGCCCUUAUAUCGAAGGAACAGAGUUUACAGUGAUCACCGAUCAUUUUUCACUGCAAUGGUUGAAUUCCAUGAAAAAUCCAUCCCCUAGAAUAGCUAGAUGGAUAAUCAAACUAUCUUGCCAUA